CCCCCCCCUCCUCUUUUGCAGCCCACCGUCCUCGCCCGGAUUUGGGAUCUACCUAGCCGCCUUGGGAAUUAUAUUUUUUUGUUCCCCUCGUUCUUUUUUUUUUUUUUUUUUUUUUAAAUUUUGCACACGUGGAGGAACGCGUGGAUUUACUAACAUGAUCUUGGCAAACGCUUUCUGCAUCGUCCUCUUCGUAGAUGAGAUCCUCCGCUCGCUGGCUGGCCCCCCAUCCCCACCGGGGCAGGACCCCCAUGGCUGGCGGGUGCCUGUGGACUGCGUGCGAGCCAACGAGCUGUGCGCGGCAGAGCCCAGCUGCAGCUCCCGGUACCGCACGCUGCGGCAGUGCCUGGCCGGCCGCGACAGGAACACCAUGCUGGCCAACAAGGAAUGCCAGACAGCCCUGGAGGUGCUGCAGGAGAGCCCCCUCUACGACUGCCGUUGCAAGCGAGGGAUGAAGAAGGAGCUUCAGUGCCUUCAGAUCUACUGGAGUAUACACCUCGGGCUGACCGAAGGAGAAGAAUUUUAUGAAGCUUCCCCCUACGAGCCGGUCACCUCUCGUCUCUCUGAUAUAUUCAGACUUGCUUCAAUUUUCUCAGGAAUGGACCCCGCCACCAACUCCAAAAGCAACCACUGCCUUGACGCGGCCAAAGCCUGCAACCUGAACGACAACUGCAAGCGCCUGCGCUCGGGCUACAUCUCCACCUGCAGCAAGGAGAUCUCCGCCACCGAGCACUGCAGCCGGAGGAAAUGCCACAAGGCUCUGCGUCAGUUCUUCGACCGCGUCCCCAGCGAGUACACGUACCGCCUCCUCUUCUGCUCCUGCAAGGACCAGGCUUGUGCCGAGCGCCGGCGGCAAACCAUCGUCCCCUCCUGCUCCUACGAGGACAAGGAGAAGCCCAACUGCCUGGAUCUGCGCAACACGUGCCGGACGGAUCACCUCUGCCGGUCCCGGCUGGCCGAUUUCCACACCAACUGCCAAGCAUCCUUCCAGUCCCUGACCAGCUGCCCCGGGGACAACUACCAGGCGUGCCUGGGCUCCUACGCGGGGCUCAUCGGCUUCGACAUGACGCCCAACUACGUCGACGCCAGCACCGCCAGCAUCACCAUCUCGCCCUGGUGCUCUUGCAAAGGCAGCGGCAACCUGGAGGAGGAGUGCGAGAAGUUCCUCCGAGACUUCACGGAAAACCCCUGUCUCCGAAACGCCAUCCAAGCCUUCGGCAACGGCACCGAUGUGAACCUUUCCCCCAAGAACCCCUCGCCCCCCGUCACCCUCCAACCGAAGACAGAGAAGAGCCCUGCCUUGCCAGAUGACAUCAACGACAGCAACACCAUGUACGACACGAGCGUCAUCACCACCUGCACCUCCGUCCAGGAGCAUGGAUCGAAGCUAAACAAGUCCAAAGAGCAGAGCCUGUGCUACUCAGAGACCCAGCUGACCACGGACAUCAUGCCAGACCAGAAGACGUUCGUGGACCAGAAGGCAGGUGGCAGCCAACACUGGGCGGGCCGGAUCCUGCCCGUUGUGCCCAUCCUCCUGCUGAAGCUGGUGUUAUAGAGGGGCGAGGAAGGCAGUGGCCAGCGGGACGGGGACGCUUGCACAAGCGCACACCGGCAGCGCCCGCCGGCACGCUCGCUCUCGCCUCGGUUCCUGCUGCGGCGAUGGGGAAGGGAAGGACAGGAUCGCCUCGUGCCAGAGACUGAAACGCUCAGAAACACCGGGGAUGCUGAGCCUGGGCACGCCGGGUGGCAGGAGGACCCUCACCACGCUGGGAAACUUUGGUGGUUUUCUUCUGAUUUUCAUUUCCCCCUCCCCUCCUCUCUUUUUUUUUUUUUUAAAUUUUUUUUUUGAUCUUUUACGGUGCGAUGGGUUUCUUUUCCGAAGCAGGAGCCCACAGCUCAUGGUAAAACCCCCUCCACGUGCCCCGCAACGGGGGAUCCAGAGCUGUGAGCGGCACCGGGGAGGGAAAAUGAGCAUCGAGCGGAGCUUUGGCAGAGGUUACUUGUGGGACCCAUCAGCCCGGGUGUGCUGGGGCGGCCACGGGGAUGGCGAGAUUUCCGCAUCGGAGCAUCCCGAAGGAUGGACUCGCUGUCGGGAGGCUCUUCUGCAUCCUUCGAGGGGACUCGCUCGAGGGCUUGGCAUUGUUAUUGGGGUUGGUUUGGGUUUGUUUUUUUUCCUUUCCCAUGGUUGGUGAGAGUUUUAAAAUGGAAGAGAAAAGAAACUACUAUUCAAACGUUGUGAGUUUGUCCUGAUGUUUUCAAUCUGUCACCUGGAGGGGGAGAUUUUUCUUUCUUUCUUUUAUUUUUUUUUUUUUAAUCUUCGUCCGGUCAAAUUUGGGUUGAGAUCUGACCUGUCAGUGGUUGGAAACCUCUAUAUGUUCCUUUCUGUUUUCUUUCUUUUAUAUAUACAUAUAUAGUGUAUGUAUAUAGCAUUCACCUAUACCUACAUAUAUGUAUGUAUAUGCAUAACCAUAUACAUCUACAGUGUGGCUUUUUUAAUUUCCUUUCUUCCUUUAUUUUUAAAAAAAAAAAUGCUCAAAUGGCGAC